AUGAAUGCCUUGGAUGAGCUUAACGCGCGACUAGGCAUUGGGCAGUCGCGGCCGAAACUCCCCGUAGCGCUCGUUGGUUCUGGCUACGAGGCUGAGCGCUUGCUUGGUAAGGGUAGUUUCGGCAAUGCAUAUUUGGUACGCCACAAAGAGCGUGGCAAAAAUUAUGUAGUGAAACAUGUUAAUAUGUCCAACAUGACGUCGAGACAGAGGAAGGAUGCUCACCAGGAGAUUGUUGUGCUACAGCAACUCAACUACCCCAAUAUCAUCCGGUACGAGGAGUUCUUCGAAGAUUUUCCGCACCUUUACAUUGUCAUGGAGUAUGCUGAUGGUGGUGACGUUUACUCACACCUGAAGAACCUGAGGAAGAGCAUGUGGGCCCUUGGCAGUGGCCGUUGCGGCGGACUCACGGAGGAGCAAGUCAUUAGCUUGUUUGUUCAAACGACGAUGGCGGUGAAGUACAUGCACGAUCGCCGGCUUCUGCACCGCGACAUCAAGUCCCAAAAUGUAUUCCUUACACAGAAUCACGUGGUCAAGCUCGGAGACUUUGGUAUUAGCACGGUUCUGAUGAGUACUGUUGCUAUGGCAAAGACCAUGUGCGGCACCCCGUGCUAUUUCUCACCAGAGUUGUGUCUAGGGAAGCCAUAUAACAACAAGUCCGACGUGUGGGCGCUCGGUGUGCUCCUGUACGAGUUGUGCACGACUGGUAGGUUGCCGUUCGAAGCGAACACUAUGAACAGAUUAAUGGACGAGAUAUGUAAACGCGAGCCCCGACGUAUUCCGUCGAGUUUUUCAGAUGAGCUGUGGCAACUUAUCCUGUGGAUGCUACAAAAAGACCCGAAGCAACGCCCAGAUGCUGAUCAAAUACUGCGCACUCCCGUUUUGGUGAGGGCUAUCCCCAGCGUGGUGAAGAAAAUGAGCGAGUUAGAUACAAGCUACGAAAGUGAGUACAAAUGCGUCCUUACACCUGGCGCUAAGCCUCCAUCGCCUAUAAAAAAUCGGCUCAGCCUUAUUCCAUCGAAGUUUCCCGCACCGCAGAAGGGAGAGAGGCUAGCGGGUGGUGUGGCCGGUGCCGGUGCAGCUGGAGCAACUCCAUGUGGAGUCAGUGGUGCACGUUCUGGAGUGGGGAUGUUAGGGCAUGUGGAUUUGUUCCGUAGGCGUAACGGCGACUAUCCCUUUAUUCGCGUAGGAGAGGAAUUGCCAAAACCAAAGAUGUGUAGUCCCGCUAAUUCCCCGGUGUCGCCCAGCCGAUUGCCAGCUGCAAGGAAGAUGCCACCGCAGGUGUCGCCGUUACUGAAAGCUGAGGAACCGCCCCCACGGCAGCCGGCCCGCCAACUGCCGCUCGCCUACGGGAUGAAGAAUGGCCGAACCCCUCUUCAGGGUGAAUCGUACGAAAACAGAGACGAGCCGAACGUGAAGACAGAUGAGAAACCUACCCCCAUAGAGAAUGAGCAUGAAAAAAAUAUUGUCAAGAAGAUGGAGUACCCAUCGCCGGCACAACAACGCCUGCAGCUAAAACAUUCCUUCGGUAGAACACCACUUCAGGAGUUGUUUCUUCUUUACGACGCAAAUAAGAAGCGUAUAAUAGAGCGGAGAGAGCGGCGGGCGAAUGCCGAAGACGAUGGAGCCAAGAAUGCUAAUGCCACUCCGAAAGAGAAUCCUCCCGCAGCACUUCCGGUGGUUCGCAACCCUUCUGUUAAACCCAACGCGGAACACGAUAGGGAUGAAAAGAUCUAUGGAAAGGAGCCUAUUCACAUCCCACCACUGAAAGUUGAAUUUAGGGAAGUAGCUGCAGCGGAAAGGAAGGAGUUGCCAGCGGUAGAGAGGGGCGCAGCGGCAGCGGCUGCUGCUGCUGCUGGUGGUGGUGGUGGUGGUGCUAGUGGGGGACAAAAAGACAAUGUCUUCCGCGGCAACCAACAACAACACUCGCGGUGUGCCGAUACGACUGCCGCUAAAGUUGUAGACGAGCUUAGAGGGGAUCUUGCGCGUGUACUGAAAGAAAUGGCGGAACACUUUGAGCAUGUCCAAGCGGCAACGAACGGCAGCGAAAACACACGCAAUCCCUCCGUCACACGUUCUCCGUCCGUUCUCUCCAAUUCCCCGGCGCCAGAUAAUCCGCGUGAUGCAGAGAAUACCGGUGGUGAGGGGGAGGUGGGACAAGACUUCUCGGACGCCCUCGGCACAACACUUGAUGUACAGGAGUUACGGCGCAAACCGGUAUCACCUGCCGAGGUCCCCGCUGAGGUUGCAAAGGGGUACGGAAUAGACGAGCGCAUUCCGCUAUUCAUCGAACAAUACGAGGCCGCCCUUCCAGGGAGAAAUAUAGUGGCACCCCAUGUGUUGGCAGAUGCUGCCCGAAAAGGAGGUAAGGAGGACGGAAACGACACUAACAAGGACGCGGUGGGGGUGAAAGGCAUACCGAAUAGCCCAGCAGUGGUGUCUUCUCAUUCUCCCAAGGUUACUUCCCCAAGUACUGCAAAGGAAAAGGGGGCGGACGACCUUGUGGACCCGCUGUUCACAGGUGGUUGCUUGUGUAACUCUGUAAAUUUUGUGGGACACAUAUCUUAUAUAUUCGGUAGUUUUGUCUGCAACUGUACGGUGUGCCUGCGCUUUUCUGGGUCGGUGAGUGGCGUGGAAUGGAUGCACCUUCCCGACAUACCGUUUGAAGUGCUUUUCACCGGCAAGCGGAACCAUGGCGGCGGGGCUUUUGGCGCUUCACCCACUUCUUCUCCAGUUGCUGGCGCUGGUGUCGCAGCGGCUCAGGCACUUUCAAACUUAGGGGAGUCACCGCCGGUGCGAAGAGCAUUACAAGGUACCAAAGAAGGAGGAGAUGGGGCCAGCGCCUCUGAGGUGAGGCUUCCGCAAAAUUUAACGGAAUAUGCUGUGGAACUACCAAUGUUGAGCGAUGACGGCGCAAUGGUAGAUAUGACCUAUAAGUUGUACUCUUGUAGCAAAUGCGGGUCAAGUAUUGCGAUGGAACAUGGCAACAUUGAGGGCAGCGUUGUAGCGAAGGCAGCACUAUCGGCUGAAAGUCUUGCACUUCUGGAGUUGUUCCAGCAAACUGUGCCUCUUGAUGGUGGAGCUACGGCACAGUGA